AUGUACGACACGGGUCUUUCUUUCGAGUCUAAAGUUAGUGCUGUCAUAUCUAAUAAUGAUUGGAGAUGGCCUAUUGACAACUCUUGGGAGAUCAAGGAGUGGAUCUCUUCCACUCCUCUUGAGCUUAAACCUAAUAAUGAUAUCCAGGAUUGUCCUAUCUGGAACCUGACUGUGGAUGGGGAUUUUACCAUACAAUCCGCGUGGAAUUGUUGGAGGGAUAAGGGUACUAAAGUGCCUUGGACUAAUCUUGUUUGGGGGCAUCCGUCCAUUCCUAGGGUCAGCUUUGUAGUCUGGAUGGCUAUUCACGAGAGAUUAAACACGGGGGAUAGGUUACUUCUAUUCGGCCUUGUCCCUAAUUCUAUCUGCCCCCUCUGUCAAGGUCUUGAGGAGAAUCACUCCCAUCUGUUCUUCAGGUGUGUGUAUUCUUCUAGGAUCUGGGGUGCCAUUCAGGUUAAGUGUAACAUUAGCUGGCCCCAAUUAACCUGGCUGGAGUACGUGGUCUAUGCUACGAAGUCCACCAGAGGCAAAGCCCUGAAGUCUUCUCUUACUAAACUAUCCUUCCUUUGCACUGUCUAUCAGAUCUGGAUUGAAAGGAAUAGAAGGAUUUUUAGCAAGGAGUUUAAACCUGAAAAAAUUGUGACUAACCUUAUUGUCCAGAUGGUUAGAGGUAGGAUGCUUUCUAUGUAUAAUCUGGCUAACUCUGCAGGUGAUGAUUGGUAUCUAUCUCAAUGGAAUCUACCUGCAACAAUUAUGAAGCAGCCCCAGGACAACAAUGCUGGGAGUAUUUAUGUCAUGGAUGCUUGUUCCAAUUUGAUGAUGUCUUCAUACUCUCUAACGUGUUCGGCUAAAGUCAUAUGUGGGUCGAGUGGAGUGAGCCAGAAUAAUGUCACUUUAUCUUGUGGGUUGAGAGAUGUUGAGGAAGCGCCCUUAUACAGCAAAUCAGUUGAGAUAAUGAGUGAGUUUGAGAGAUGUGGGCCUAGUGAAGAGAGGACAUAUACUGUGAAAUAUAAAACUGUCUGGUGGGUUUAUUACUGGCAGUCUCCUUUGUACUGUUAUUGGGACUGUUAUUGGACUCCGGCUGCAAGUUGGUUGAUGUUGGGGAAGGCUCUUGGGCGUUGGCAACAAGAUGUGCCUGCUAUCGAUUUUAGUGUUGACUGGUGGUGUGGAGGUGGCUGCAACCUGCGCCCCUCGGGGAAGCUUUAUGCUGUGUGGAGAUGCUUUUCGGUGAUGGCAGCACGUUCGGUGCUUCUUUGUAACGGUGUAGAUCUUGUGCAAGCUCCAUAUCUGCUGUGGGAUAUGGUUCUUGAACAAGUCUUUUGUGCUUAG